GUUGUGCAUCGUAGCCUGCUGGAUUUAAAAAAAACACACACAAAAAACACACACAAAAAAAAAACGGCGGUGGAUCGCGCGAACGAUUUUGCAGGCUGUUGCUACCUUAAAAACAAGCGUCGUUCUCAUCAUCUGGUGAAGGUGAGAUAAGCACAGUGGCCGUUCCCUUGCUCCUGGAGGCCUGUUUUGCAGCUGCUUUUUUUUUUUGUGAGGGGGGGGGUGGGAUGCCUUUUCCGCAGAUUUUUUUGGACGACAGGUACAAAAUUGAGCACAAAUGUCACAUGAAUCCGUGCUGGUGUGAAGUUUGCACUCAGAAGACACACUGGAUGAGGGCGGUCAGUUUAUGAACCAAUUGCAUCCUCUCAGCACUUUCACAUUUUCUCAGGUUUGACUUUGAGGAGAAGAUGAGCAACGAAGGGGAGAUCCUGACGCGAGAGCUGUCGAAGAUGUCGGACGAGGACCUGCUGGCGUGCUCCAAGGAAGAGCUGCUGAGUCGUCUGCGCAAGGAGGAGUCGGAGAAGAUCUCUGCCCUCAUCCAGCGGGGGCGUCUCAUCAAGGAGGUGAACAAGCAGCUCCAGGGCCACCUGCUGGAGAUCCGGGAGCUCAAAGUCAUCAACCAGCGCCUGCAGGAGGAGAACGUUGAGCUGCGGGACCUGUGCUGCUUCCUGGAUGACGACCGGCUAAAGGUGAAGAAGCUGGCACGUGAGUGGCAGCAUUUUGGCCACCACGCUGCCAAAGUCAUGCGGGAGGACCUGGGCGGCUACUUGAAGAAGCUGGCCGAGCUGGAGCGCACCCAGGACGGCCUGGUCAAGGAGAACCUGGACCUCAAGGAGCUGUGCCUGGUCUUGGAGGAGGAGUGCGUCAGCCGGAGCGACUCCAGCCCCGGGGGGUCCACCGAGCUGGCCUUGCCGUGCAUGGUCGCCAGGGACCUGGGGGACGGGAGCUCGAGCACGGGAAGCGUGGGGAGUCCGGACCAGCUCCACUUGGUGUGCUCGCCGGAUGACUGAUGCGUCAACAAGGGCUUCGAAUUUGGACACUGAGGGCUAGACACAAGGCCUGUGGUCGGAAUCGUUCCCUAAUCACAAAGAUUUUUAUGUAAUGGACCGAGAUAGAUCUUUUAAAACUUCCGCUAAAAAACCCUGUGUUGGAGGAUUAGGCGGUUAGUAAUGAGCGAAUGUUUCCGAAUGCAGCGACUACGUUCGGAAUCAUUCAUCAUUCCCGCUGAAAAUACGUAAUAGGGAUUUAUAUAUAGUGAACUACAUAGUUCACGAAAGAGUCAAAAUCUUUAAAUGGUAAUUAGGGAGUCCGAAAAGAGUGAUUAAUUUGGAAUCAUUCACUAAUUCCCGAAUCCAGUAAAAUGGGAUUUUUAGACCCAGAAAAAAAAUGCAAAGAAGUGGGGGAUCAGGUCAAAAGACACGAAUAACUGAGAAUGUAGAAAAAAAUACUAGGAAUAAGCGGGGGGUUCCGCAAAUAAUGUGGGAUAGGCCCCCCCCCAAAAAAAAAAAUCUGAAAAUAGGUGAAUAGGGGUCCACUGUAAUGACAAAAGUCUGCCAGCUUCGUGCUAACAUAAUGUGAAACGCCAUAGACAGGCUAAUGGGAAUUAGCAAAAUUAUGAAAAACCCUCAAACAAAUGGCACAAACGGCAACAUUAAUUACACUCUCUCUGCGCCCAGUAGAGCUCAGUGCUGCCUGGCAUGUUGUGGCACAACAUGGUACUACAUGAUAACGUGGUACUACAUGAUCACGUGGUCUAGCGGUGGUUCACUGUAUUGCUUUUCUAGUGACCAAUAGGUCUUCACUACUUUUCAAAAUGCAUUGUGGGCUACAUUGAGGGCAUUAUGUAGGAGAACCUAUAUUCACUAUACAAUCGACCAGUCCUACAAAAUGGCGAAGUGACUAUAUAGGGCGCUUUAUAGUGGACAGGAAGUGAUUCCGAACACAGCCAAGCUGUUCCAUUCAACUACGUGAGCCUUUUGAAUGCUGCAAGACUCGCUGUGUGCCACGUCGCUGACAUUUUCAGGACUUUUCACAGACGUUUCUAGAUGUUUGCCACUUGAUACUGUAGGUUUAGAGCAAUUUUACAGUUUUUCUAAUGACUCUUCUGCAAAAUCCUUUUUCAGUGGUUUGUUGUUUAGGGAAAAAAAAGUAAUGGGACCAAAAAGUGGGUCGCAUUAAUCUAUCUCAUGCACUGGACUAGGGUUGCAAAAAGGGUGGAAAUUUUUGUCCAAAUUGGAAACAUUCCAUGGGAAUUUAUGGGAAUUGAGGGUAAUUUACUUGCUAGGUAUCGCAUAUAAAUAUUGUUUUAUCAUGAGCAGACAUCCAUGCAAAAUAGGUACAGUGGCUGUCUUUGUCCACAUUCAAGGGCAUUACAGUACCUUAAUCGCACCAUUGAUUUUUUUUAACUACACUCAACCGGCGGCAUAUUCUUCUUGCCAUACUUACUUGUAUGAAAUCUAGUUUUUCUUUUUCUUUAGGGUUAUGCUAAAAUAUAAACUACAAAUAUUUUGAAGUUACCUAUUAAGCGCCAACUUUCAAUUUAGUUAAUUUUGUGGUUUAUUCCCAUCAAUUUCCUGUUGAAAAGUUUCCAACCUUUCCUGGAGUUUUGCAACCCUACACUGGACUAGCCUACACUGGUAGAAAAAAAAAGAGCCUUUUUUUUUUCUAUUGCACUGGACAGCGUUACGGUUGGUCUAAAGAUCAAUUUCAAUCCAGUUUUGAGCCAUAUUUAGUACAUGGAAUCCCAAUAACACUGAAGUGGAGUUUGAGGUAGUGAAAAUUCGCCAUUUGCGACCAACAAUGUGUCCUAUUUUAUGCGCUCUCCACCUCAGGACCAGGAUGCGAGUGCCAUACAAUGAGCGUGGCCAUCAAGCAGUCUGAGGUGACGGCCCUUCAGGUUUUACAGGAGGCACGCAGAAAGACGAGCGAGCGAUAGAUGUCCUCGGACCUCACUCAGAACUCAAGUGAACACUUGGAAAAAAAAAAAAUAAUAAUCCAACUGGAAAGUCUUUGUAUCAAACUGGAAGAAGUUCGAAUGCUUUGGAUUCAUCGUUCUACUGUUUUUUGACUUAGUUGUUGUUGGUGUUCACUUAACACACAGCACAGACUUUGAGUUGCAUCUUUCUGUAUGCUUUGUAUUUACAGUACAUUGUAACAUUAAGGAUAGUUUACACUACUCACAAAAUGUUGGGGAUUUUGGGCGAAAUUUCAGGAUUAACGCCAAAUACACUAUAACCUAUUGCCGUACUUUUGUUUUGAAAGGUUUAUAUGUUGCAAUCAAACUGAAUUUAAAAAUUUAUUAGCACUGAUUUUUUUUAUGUCCUUUUUUUUUUUAUCAAUUGAAACAUUCAUAUUAUUUUUUGUCAAUUUUAAUAUCAAUUUAUAGUUACAAAUUUUUUUUUGUCAAAGUAAAACUCAGUAGAAACAAUGUCAGUGUUAUAAUCAAGUUAGUCAUGUUAAAAUAUAUUCAAAAAAUCUUAAAAUAUAUUCAAAAUAAAUUUAGAGUAACAAUUUAACCAUGAAUAUAUUUAACAUUUUAAAAAUAUUUGUUUUUUCUUUUGUCAUGUUAGAAUUAUUUCGUACUUUUAAAAACUUUUGUCAAUGUUAAAAUAAAAAAAACAUUUUCAAAUUUUAAAUAAAUUCAGGUAAAAAAUAUUUUGUUCAUGUUCAAAUAAAUUCAGAGUAAAGAAAAAUAAGUUUGUAUUUAUUAAAAUUUGUGUGACCUCUAAAUUUUGCAUGCCCAAGGUUAUUUUUUUGUUAGUUUUGUUUUAUGACUAAGGUUGUAUGCAGUGUUGCCAACUUUGCAACUUUUUUGCUAAAUCUGGCAACUUUCCAACUCCUCUAAGUGACUUUUUUUCUCUCAAAAGCAACUGGCGACUUUUUCGAAUGUUUUGGAGACAUUAAAGCGUACUACUGCAUAUCACUCUGCAGUCGAUGUCCUACGACGAGCAGCAGAUGCUGCCGUGAGCCCCUCCGCCACUGCAACGCACUCACGGGCGGUCAGGUUCACAGUAGCCUGGCGGAGCAGUCCCAGACAGUGGAGUAACAGGAGGAGGAGCUUGUGUUUGCAUCUGUGUGAAACACACAGCGAUUAAAAAAAAUAAAAUAAAAGAAUUAAAAGAAAAUAUGGCUCAGAACUGCAACUUGGUUCCAAUCCCGUUAUCGGUCAUGUUAUCGUUCAUGUUAGUUCAGUCAAUAUAUUCGGUUGGAUGCGGAAUGUCACAACCCUCCAGUCUUUUCAUCAAAUUUGAUCAUCUAACAUUUACCAAUACAGAACAAAAUUUAAAUGUAAAGAAAACUAAGAACCAAGUUCAUUUGCAGAUCUAAUCCUACUUAGCAUUUUUAAAAAACUCACUUUAUCUCUCCUACAACGUUUUUCCUCUCUGCUACGGCGUCCAUUGCAAUCAAUUGUGCAAAUGAGGCUAUGACAUAAUCUAGCGACUUUUAGGACAGCCAAUAGCUACUUUCCUUACUGAGGAGUUAGCAACACUGGUUGUAUGCCUUUCUGUGAUUCUUCCAGUCACUCUGUUGAGACCUGAUGAUGACACUUUGUGACAUUCUCAUAGCUUCUUAAAAUGUAUAGUGCAACAGAGAGACUGGAACAGUCACAGAAAGGCAUAGGAACUUUCACCCGAAUGCCGAAUAUCCCUAGCUUUUUGUGAGUACACACUGUAUAUCUUUGAACCCUACUUUUCUCUUGAUUUCUAUGUAUUACCCGGCAUUGCCAACCAUUUUAGUUGAAAGAUCCCACGGGCGAUGCACAGGAUUUAGCUGUUUUAUUGGUGGGCUGUGUGCUCAUUGUGCAUUGAAGAGCUUUAAAUACAGUGCUAUGACACUUGCCA